AUGCCUACAUUCGCGGGUAGAAUUAAUCCGGAUGCCUAUCUCGAUUGGGAGAGGCGGAUGGACAAUAUUUUCGAAUGUUAUGAGUAUUCGGAUCAGAGAAAGGUUAGAUACGCAGCGGCACAACUCACCGACAACGCCUUAGCAUGGUGGGAUCGAGAAAUAGCCGAGAGGCGUAGAGCACAAUACGAACCUGUCACAACAUGGAGAGAGAUGAAGUUUAUGAUGCGUAAGAGGUAUGUACCUCCCCAUUUUCAUCGUGACUUGCAACGCAAAUAUUGUAACUUGAUGCAGGGAACUAGAACCGUUGAAGAGUACUAUGAGGAGUUCGAGCACCUACGAAACCGAUUGGAGUUAGAUGAAAGCGAAGAAGCGAUUAUGGCACAAUUUGUGGAUGGAUUGCAGGAGCGAAUUGCUCGAAAGGUAGAACGAUUAGCUUACCAUGAUUUGCAGGAACUUAUCCAUUUCUCAAUCCAAAUCGAGCAGCAAAUCGCCAAGAAGCAAGCCCGUUUUAAUCGAGCAAGAACAACCUCUUCGAACCAAUCAUAUACACGCGGUGAGAACAAGUCCGGGACUGUUCCAACAACCAAAUCAACCCAAUCCGAGUGUAGGAGACGAGGACAUUAUGCAAAGGACUGUCCAAACAAUCGUGUCAUGAUCCUUACGGAUACGGGAGAUUAUGAAUCCCUGGACGAAGAGGAGGUUAAUGAUGCUGAGGAGAACAUAGAGUAUCCGGACAGCGGAGAACUCUUGGUCACAAGGCGAGUUUUGAGAAAAAUGACAAACCCGAAAGAAACUGCCCAAAGAGAGACAAUCUUCCACAGUCGAUGCACUAUUAGAAACAAGGUAUGUGGCCUAAUCAUUGAUAAUGGUUCAUGUACUAACGUUGCAAGUGCAUACAUGGUUAAGAAGCUAGGAUUGGAGACCGAGAAACAUCCACACCCAUAUAAGCUUCAAUGGCUCAACAACCAAGGGGAACUCAAGGUAAAUGAGCGGGUCAAAGUGUCAUUUAGCAUUGGACGUUACCAAGAUGAGGUGAUGUGUGAUGUUGUUCCAAUGCAAGCGGGGCACAUACUUCUUGGACGACCUUGGCAAUUUGACCGAGAGGUGAAACACGACGGUAUGACCAACCACUACUCUUUUAUAUUUAACAAGCCUAAGAUAUCGUUGGCUCCUCUUAGUCCGUCAAAGGUUCACGAGAUUCAAGUUAAGCUCUCCAAAGAAGGAGACAACAACAAAAAGGCGAACUACUACAUGAAACCAAGCACGGAACCACCUGGGGGAUUACCACCAAUUCGUGGGAUCGAACACCAAAUCGAUCUUGUGCCGGGAGCACCACUUCCAAACCGUCCCGCUUACCGUAUGAACCCCGAGGAGACUAAGGAACUCCAAACGCAGAAGCUCCUAGAGCAUUUUCAAGACGUUUUUCCCGAGGAACCACCUGCGGGAUUACCACCAACUCGUGGUAUCGAACACCAAAUCGAUCUUGUGCCGGGAGCACCACUUCCAAACCGUCCCGCUUACCGUAUGAACCCCGAGGAGGCUAAGGAACUCCAAACGCAGGUACAAGAUUUAUUAUCUAAGGGUUAUAUACGUGAAAGCUUAAGUCCUUGUGCAGUGCCCGUUCUACUCGUGCCAAAGAAGGAUGGGACAUGGCGUAUGUGCGUGGAUUGUAGAGCGAUAAACAACAUCACAAUCAAAUAUCGCCAUCCAAUACCACGACUCGAUGAUAUGUUGGAUGAGUUAAGCGGAGCAACCCUCUUUUCAAAAGUCGACUUGAAGAGUGGUUAUCAUCAAGUCCGCAUGCGAGAAGGAGACGAGUGGAAGACCGCAUUCAAGACGAAACAUGGGCUGUACGAAUGGCUCGUCAUGCCUUUCGGACUCAUCAACGCUCCUAGCACCUUCAUGAGGCUUAUGAACCAUAUACUUCGCGCCUUUAUCGGUAAAUUCGUGGUUGUUUAUUUUGAUGAUAUUCUCGUCUAUAGCAAGUGUUUAUCUGAGCAUGUGACACAUCUUGAGCUUGGAUUAAGCGUAGAUGAGGAGAAGAUCAAGGCUAUUCGGGAAUGGCCAACCCCUACCACCGUCGGACAUCACUAUCUCUUGGCGAAGGAGUUCAUCAUUCACACCGACCAUGAGACGUUGAAGCAUCUCAAAGGCCAAUCUACGCUCAAAAGGAGGCAUGCUAAGUGGUUGGAGUAUGUCGAGACAUUUCCGUACGUGAUCAAGUACAAAAAAGGAAAAGACAAUGUGGUGGCCGAUGCGUUGUCAAGGCGGCAUGCUUUGAUUUCGAUCAUGGAGGCUAAGAUGCUUGGAUUCGAGCACAUCAAGGGGCUGUACCGUGAUGAUGUCGAGCUUGGAGACAUCUAUGAGGAGUGCACUAAGGGAGCUCAUGGAUCAUUCUACAAGGAGGCUGAUUAUCUCUUUCGGGAAAGGAGGCUAUGCAUUCCAAAGUGCUCAAUGCGGGAGCUUAUUUUACAGGAGGCACAUAGUGGAGCUCUCAUGGGACAUUUUGGCGUGGAGAAGACGCUUGCAAUCGUCAAAGAGCACUUCUUUUGGCUGCAUCUCAAACGGGAUGUCGAACGAUUUGUCGCUAGAUGCAUUGCAUGCCAUCAAGCCAAAUCUAAGACACACCCGCACGAUUUGUAUCUCCCUCUUCCCAUUCCUUUAUCACCUUGGACUGAUAUUUGA